AUGGCACCCAAGGAGGACAAAGAUGAGGUUGUCACCCUCGACAACCUCGAGGCGACCCUAGCCAAGGACACGCGAGUCAAGCUUGCUGGCGUGGAUGUUGACGGCAUGCUUCGCGGCAAGCUGGUGUCGAAGAAGAAGUUCCUCUCCGUGGCCAAAAAUGGCUUCGGCUUCUGCAGCGUUGUCUUCGGCUGGGACAUGCACGAUCUGACCUACUUUCGCGAGCUCAAGAUCAGCAACAAAGACAACGGCUACAGAGACAUCGUGGCAAAGAUCGACCUCGGCAGCUUCCGGCGCAUACCAUGGGAAGACAACACGCCCUUCUUCCUCGUCAACUUCUACGAUCCAGACACAGACAAGCCCAUCUGUGCCUGCCCGCGCAGUCUGCUCAAGACCACACUAGCAAAGGUGCAAAAGGCGGGCUAUGGUUCGAUGGCUGGCUCCGAGUACGAGUUCUUCACCUUCAGAGCCCCGAAGGACGCGUCCAUACAGUCCUCCAAGGCAUCAUCUGCUACCACCGCUCCCUUCCUGCAGACCAAUCCUGUCGAUGCGCUCCCUCAUCUCACCCAGGGCAUGUUCGGAUACUCCCUAACCGAUCCCAUACACAACCAAGAUUGGUUCUACAGCGUCUUCGAGACUUGCGAGAAGUUUCGCUGCAAUGUCGAAGGAUGGCAUACCGAGUCUGGACCGGGCGUAUUUGAGGCUGCUCUUGAAUUCGGAGACAUCGCAGAGAUGGCAGACCGAGCCAGCAUGUUCAAGUACGUCGUCAAAGCCAUGGGCAGCAAGCACGGCAUCACACCGUGCUUUAUGGCCAAACCUCGACAAGGUCUGCCCGGCAACAGCGGUCACAUGCAUUGCUCCAUCGUCGACAAGUCGGGCAAGAAUCUGUUCGCGCGUGCUCAGAAAGACCCCAACCCGCCCUACAAAGAUCUCGAAUACGUCUCAGAUCUCGGUCGACAUUUCCUGGCUGGUCUACUGGAUGGUCUGGCCGAUGUCAUGCCAAUCAUUGCUCCCACUAUAAAUUCCUACAAACGUCUCGUUGAGAACUUCUGGGCUCCCGUCACCGUGUCCUGGGGUCUAGAGCAUCGUGCCGCUUCCAUCCGGCUCAUAGCUCCUCCAGUGGCUUCGCCCAAAUCGACCAGAUUCGAGAUCAGAGUCUGCGGCGCUGACACAAAUCCUCACCUCGUGCUUGCCACCAUCCUGGCCCUUGGCUGGCGAGGCAUCGAAGAAAAGCUCGAGAUCAAAAUUCCUCCUUUGUCCAAGUCUGCUGAUGUGGGAAGUGCAGACGACAAAGGAGAAAGAUUGCCCAAGAAUCUCAAAGACAGCACUGCCAGAUUUAUGGCCAAGGGCAGUAUCGCACGAAAGGUCUUCGGCGAUGAUUUCGUCGAGCACUUCGGCGGCACCCGAGAGCACGAACUGCGGCUCUGGGACGAAGCUGUCACCGACUGGGAGAUCAAGCGCUACAUCGAGACGAUCUGA